AUGGGUUUGUUCGAUGUCGGCUCUCUUCGAGCCAAGAAGCAUGCCAACCUCAAAGACGCGUCCAACCGCGACGUCCAGGGCCUGUGGCGAAAGAAGGACGAUGGACCUUCGAAGGGCCUCGGCCUCUACAACGAUGCCCGCCAUGGCGCCUCCAGUCGGUCCCUCUCUGCGAACCACGCCUCGGCGUCACUGGCUCCUGCCGCACCCGGCCUUCACACCAAACGCAGCGUAUCUGGCAUCGACCCGAGGAACUCGGCCAGACAGUCAAAGCUCGAGCGCAUGAUGGGCGCCGGUGUUCCUCAGAUCCAGGUCGUCAGUCGUCAAGAUCAUUCCGAGCCAUUUCGUUUCAACGAAGCAGCAGGUCAGUCUUCCAUCGACUCGAAUCAUUAUCGAAAACCAUCUGCCGCGCGUGCUUCAGGCCUCACCAAGUCUUUCUCGGUCGCAGAGCUGAACGAGACCAACAAUACCUCCUACUCGCGUGUCUUCUCCUCCGACAUCUCCAACAUCGUCGGUGGCCCCACCACUUUCACCGAAAUGUCCGAGGUGGAUUGUCCCGUCUGUCUCGAACCGCUCUCCCACAGGCUCGCUGGCGAGAAGCCUCACGUCGUGCCCGUCUGCGGUCACGCUCUUCACAAUGCGUGCUUCAGCGCCAUCUAUGGCCCUCCCGAAGCGCUGCUGGCUGCUCAGAGCCCUGGUAGGCGGCUGCGCGGUCCUGGCGCCGCUUCCAGGCAGAGCGUCGGACCUCCUGGCAUGUGCGGAGUAUGCCGCAAGCCUAUCGCACUCGGAGAUGGCAACUCGUCCAAGUCGCAGAAGCUCGCCGGCAUCAAGACGCAUGCCACCGAUUCGCCUAAGCUUCGAUCCAAGCUGCUCUUCUCUGAUCAGGACGAACCUCUGCAGGCGCAUCACGACGACUUUUUGGAACCGCAGUCUUCCAAGGGCCGGGCCACCAUCAGCUCAGCUGCCAGCAUCUCGUCCAGCUCCUCUACCAGCUACACGCUUCCCACCCUCCGAGCACGCCCCGAGUUCCCGACCAUCUACUGCAAGCCCAAUGGCAGCCAGCCUGGAAAGCUCAACGUGGUGUCGGUCUUGUCGAUCGAGGUGCCCACGCGUCGCACUCUAUCCGACCUACGUGAACAUGCGCUCGACACCAUCUCGGAUGAGUACGCCGCCGACACCAGCGGAAGCGGCGUCCGCGAGGACAGCGAUUCCCUCUCCGAUGAUCUCAAGCGCGGUGGCUCAGGCUGGGAUAUCACCAAUGGGACGGAUGUCCUUGCCACCGGUGACCCGAGCCGCAGCCCCAUGCCAGAAGCACGUGUUGGCUUCACCGAGCAAGGCGACAAGCAAAAUGUCAUGGCUCGCCCCGUGACACCCGAAGAUCAAGGCUUCUCCCACGCCGCUACUCCAGCUGGCGCCCCGCCCAUCGACCCUACUCGCGCCGUCCUGGACGAUCUGCAGCAACGUGUAGCCGACUGGAAGGGACACUCGAUCGAGCACUUUGGCCCGCUGGUUUUGCAUGACCUGCUCAACAUUCGUCAAGACUCGAUCGUCCGUGAAUUUCACGUCUACCUGUUCCAGGAAGCGCUGCUCUGUGUCACCGAGGAGCGUCGAAAGGGCCUGGGUCGCUUCGUCCAGAACGGUGCUGCAAGUGGCUCUGGCGCCGCAGUGACCGACACAGGAAAGCCAGCCUUGAAACUCAAGGGGCGCAUCUACCUUCGCCACAUCCGCCGCGUGCUCGAUUCAUCGGUCGCCGGCGAGCGUACGCUCAGCAUCACCAUGGACGACGAGAACCUCGAUCAGUUCGUGCUGAGCUUCCGCGAGACCGGCACCAUGGAUGUGUGGCGGUCUCGGUUGACAGAGCUCACGCAGAAUGCUGGCAAGUCUCCUGCUGUUCCCGCCGCUCAAACGGCUGCCGUCCCAACUGCAAAUGUUUCGGCUGCCCCUCGCAGCCCUGUGUUGCCGGCAUCGUUGGCUGCGGCCGAUCCACCCAAGUCGGCGGCGUCCACAACGGAUGGCUUUGGUGCUGCCCGUUUGAGCCCCAAUCGACCCUUUGCAGCGCAGGCCGUCACCAGCGGCUCUGCGUCUGUCCUGAGCGGCAAGUCUGGCUCUCAGCAUGGAGGUUUCGCAGCUGUUCAGUCCCAGAACAGUCGAAGGCUGUCCAACGUGUCGUCCUGCCGCAACAGCAGCCAAGGCCAUGGUUCGAAAGCGGCGCAUCGCGUCUCUGUCUCGAGCGAUGUGCUGCCCUCAUACCAGCAAUGGUCCAGCUCUGGUGGACUGGAUCCUCGAGUGCCGCCGCCCAGCAUGCUGCCUCACACGCCGAUCGACCUUGUCCUCAUGAUCUCGGUGCCCUCGGUGCUCCCAGAGCACAUCACCGGCUCGAUCAGCUCAUCUGCAGCGCUCAAGCUGCGACUCAUUCGCUCCUCGCUUGACUUUGUCAUCCACAAUCUCGGACCCAACGAUCGUGUCUCACUCGUCGCGUUCACUGUGGGCAUUGACGGUGAGGUCAAGAGGACCGGUCUGCUGAAUCCACAUCGCGAGGCCAGCCGCAAGCUCUUGGAAGAGUUCGUCCAGAACAUUGGCCAGCCGUUGGAAACGCAGGCCGCCGACUCGUUCAGCGUCGACCUCAGCAAGCUGGGAGGCUCGACCGAGCGCAUCGACUCGGUGACCGCCGUCAAUGUCGGUCUCGAUGUGGUGCUGGCGAGGAAAGCCAAGAACCCGGUGACGAGCAUGAUGCUGAUCAACGACACUUCUGACGGUCCCAAGCGCAACCAGAUGGAUCUGGUCAUGGCACGAGCCGAGGCCGCCAACGUCGCCAUCCACUGCUUUGGCUACGGCAAGACGCACGACCCCUCCUCACUGUGGCUCAUUUCGAACCACACGCGAGGCUCGUACACGUUCGUUCGCGAAUGGUACCAGCUGCGCGAGUGCAUCGCCGGCUGUCUUGGCUCGAUGAUGUCGGUCGCGCUCACCGACGUCAAGGUCCACAUUGGCGUGCCUCAGGACAACUGCUUCAGGAUUCGCAAAAUUGCUGGUCUGCCCGGUGCGAUCAUCUCGUCUUCUGGCAAGGACGUCGACAUUGACAUUGGCGAGAUCAAGUUUGGCGAGGCCAAGGAUCUUCUGGUCGAGCUCGAGCUGGACUUGGCGAGCCUUUUGCCGACGCUCAUGGAGAACAGGCGCGAGAGCAAGAGCAUCGGUCUCAGGCCGAUCGAGCAGGGAAGUGCGACGGACGACUUUAUGCAGAGGAUGGGCAUCCAGGAUCUCAGCCUCGUCGAGUCGGAUGGCGCUGACGGCUUCCUCGAACAGAUGGUGGAGGAGAUUGGCGUGUUUGAGGCUGACGUCAGCUUCAAGGACCCUGCCACGGGCAUGAUCACGUCGCGCCUGCCCAACCCGGGUGUUCUGACACUCGAGAUCGACACGCACUCGACCGAUCCAUUGACCAACGGCCCACCUGGCUUGGCGGCCAUUGUAGCCGAGCCCACCGUGACGCGCCGAAGACUCGAGGUGCUGGUGUCAGAGAUGAUCACGCGAUCGCUGCUGCUCAUCUCCCGCAAGAACUACGGUCAGGCGCUCAAGGUCAUCACCGAGACGCGUCGCAUCAUCGAUACGGUGGUGCAGGCGCUCAACGGGCCGAACCAGUCGAAGCGUCGUUCGCUGGUGGUGCACCGUUCGAAUCAGAGACGCGUCCGUGAGGCCGCCAACCAGCGAACCAUCUCGUCGCUCAUGGCCAUGAUGAGUGAUCUCGACAUCCUCAGCGAAGGCCUCGAACACCAGCACCGUUCGAGCUUCGACCGCGACGGACGCAACUUUGGCGCCCAACAAGCGAUGAUUCUGCGCGACCAGAAGGCCUGGACCGCGCGCACGGAUACCGAGUAUCUCUAUUUCAGGGAUGACAAUGCUGCUGCGUUCACGGCUUGGUCUGCCUCCUUCGCUUCGAUGCGAUAA